CUGCAGCCAUCGUUGUAUCGCUUUUCAUGACUCGAGAUCUCACGCAGCGCCGUAUUCUUAACUGGCUGGACACUAUUGUCCCGGUGCCCGACAUCCAAUCGUCCGAGCGACCAUGCAAGCGUUUGAGAGUUGAUAACGACGAGUAUGUCCAUAGCGAGUACCCUAGACAGAUAUUGAACGGAGAUCGAACAACACGGCUUCGAACGCCCCAGACUCUGGCUCAGGUUCUAUACCUUUGUUAUCCAAACUGUCAAACAUGCCGCCAGCGCGCCGCACGAACCAGUCCGACAACACGCGUGACACCCUACCGGAGGAAGAUAACGAAGGACAAGAACACGGACAAGUGUCGAGCGGUUUAGGCCUUCAAGUAGAGCUCACUCCUCGCCCUCGCCGGAAAGCUUCCGCGAUGGACAACGGCUCCCCGAUCUCUUGGUUACCCUCUACCUCGAGCCGAUCAUCAUCAAAGGCCUCGUCCAAGGCUUCGAAAAUCACCCGCAACUCAUCCCCCACCAAGCAGCUGCGCAAUGCAGAGCUCGAGGAGACCGGAUUUUUGAGAGCGGACCUCCGCAACGACACGAAGCCGAGAUCACUUGAUGCGUUAACCACGGGAUUGGAGAGGAUAGUUAGUGGCUUUGGGAUCCUUCCAAGGGACCUCCAAGAUGAUCUCGCAGAUCAGCCUUCGAUCGCAGCCUGGAAUUUUGGAGAUAGUGUUGAUUUUAAAAAGUCCCAAUUACCUGAUAUACGCACUGUGCGGAAGAUCUAUAACCUUGCAAGCAGGUGUUUUAAGAAUAACCACCCCGAGUCGUCUUGGAAUAAUGAUGUGCAUUCACGUAUCCUGGAUUGGCUUCUUCGAGACAGCCCCGGCGGUGAUGACCUUAUAGACUAUCGAUGCUGCCUUACAGCCCAGAUUGUCCCUGAAUACCAACCCCGCAAAUCACCCAGCAAGAUGGUGGACUACUGCAUCUGUAUACAGCCUGCGACAAACUCGCCACAAUACCAAGCCAUCCAAUCCCUCUGCAAAUAUCGACCGGCAAUGUCAAUCAACCAUACAGAUUGGGCUGACCUGACUAAGUAUCCUAUCGCUGUCUCAAUAGAGACUAAAGGCCCUAGUAUAGGUUACGAAACUGCACUACUACAGGUGGCGACAUGGCACUCGGCUCAGUGGCGCAGUUUGCACUGGGAUACAGAUGGUGACGUUUUGGCAUCCUCUGGGAAUAUUGAUUUUUUGCCUGGCAUCGUCGUGAUGCAGCACCACUGGUGGUUCGUGGCAACUGCCUUGAAUCAGAGUGGCAAAGCGCAGACGUUUGAGCGACUGCUGUUGGGAGAGACUGAGUCGAUACUUGGCAUCUACAAGUUAUUUUUAUCCCUUCAAAGGCUGGUUAACUGGACUAGGGACCAAUACUGGGUGACAUUCCAGACCAGCGUUUUGGGCCUUUGACCAUUUCAUGGACUGCAAUAACAGAAUACUCUGUACGGCACACUAUUUGUCUCCAGACCUCUAUGCCUCUGGCUGCUCGGCAACAGCCCUGAAUGACAGGAGAAUGGUGCCUCCUGCUCUGAAAUGCAUGGCACACCUGCUCUGUUCUUGCAUCCGGGGUCAAAUGCUAGAAUAUAAUAAAAUUACUAAAUUGGGGAGGUCUUCUUUAUGGGUUUCGCGAAGUAACAGGCAGUAAAUAUUAUUAAAUACUUCCAGAAGAUCUUGCUUCUGAAGACUGUAUUAGAAAUAAUUAAAC